UUUACCUAUGUCAUUUUAAUUUUUUUAAUAGUAUAUUUGAAUAUUGUUAUAGGUAGUGCUAAGACAUCCAAGCCCUGGACUUCAUAAAUAUAGGUACAAUUUAAAAUGCAACAUGUCAACAUUCAACAAAACUUUACACAUGUGGUUGAAGCUGAUGAAUUUCUAUCGCUAUCAUCUGAACAGUUAGUUAAGUUGAUCCCCAGUGAUGAGCUUACGGUGCUAACCGAAGAAAAAGUAUUUGAACGUGUAGUUUGUUGGGUAAAGCAUGACUCAGAUUCUAGAAAAUGAAUUUUACCCCAAUUGUUGGAACAUGUUCGUUUACCAUUAACAUCGGAAUCAGGAACUCUAAAAAGUAUAGAAGCAUACAGACCAAAUACAGGAGAUUGGACUACAAUAGCAGACAUGCAUUUGCCUCGAAAAAAUCUAAGUGUCGUUGAAUUUGAAAGAUUAUUGUAUGCAGUCAGUGGACGUGACGGAUUAUCUAUUUUGGAUCCUGUAGAGUUUUACAAUCCCAUCAAAAAUACUUGGACCAUGCUAUACUCCGGCCCACGAGAGAAGUAACUCGUGUCCCGACCUAAUCGCGUCCGAAUCCGCGCAUCUCCACGUAUUUGACAUACAGCGAAAGGCACUAAGUGGGGGAAUUCCGCCAGUCAGCAUGCGCGAAACGGGUUACUUCUCUCGUGGGCCGGAGUAUAGGAGCGUCAAUGAAUGUACCACAGUGUUAUGGGGGAGCAGUAGCUCCUGUGUUAUGUGUUAGCAUACAUGAUUUUACAAACAUCCUACAGACAUAAACUUGAAAAAAAAAAUGUAUUCUAUAGAUCUAACAAAUAAUUUAUUAAGUAUAACAAAUAUACUGAUAUACAAAUA